AUGAGACUUCACCAGUAUACUACAGUCACUACCACACUACAGUCACCAGUAUACCCCAGUCACUACCACACCCCACAGUCACCAGUAUACCCCAGUCACUACUACACCCCACAGUCACCAGUAUACUACAGUCACUACUACACCCCACAGUCACCAGUAUACUACAGUCACUACUACACCCCACAGUCACCAGUAUACUACAGUCACUACUACACCCCACAGUCACCAGUAUACUACAGUCACUACUACACCCCACAGUCACCAGUAUACUACAGUCACUACUACACCCCACAGUCACCAGUAUACUACAGUCACUACCACACUACAGUCACCAGUACACCCCAGUCACUACUACACCCCACAGUCACCAGUAUACUACAGUCACUACUACACCCCACAGUCACCAGUAUACUACAGUCACUACUACACCCCACAGUCACCAGUAUACUACAGUCACUACUACACCCCACAGUCACCAGUAUACUACAGUCACUACUACACCCCACAGUCACCAGUAUACUACAGUCACUACUACACCCCACAGUCACCAGUAUACUACAGUCACUACUACACCCCACAGUCACCAGUAUACUACAGUCACUACCACACUACAGUCACCAGUACACCCCAGUCACUACUACACCCCACAGUCACCAGUAUACUACAGUCACUACUACACCCCACAGUCACCAGUAUACUACAGUCACUACUACACCCCACAGUCACCAGUAUACUACAGUCACUACUACACCCCACAGUCACCAGUACACUACUGUCACUACUACACCCCAGUCACUACUACACCCCACAGUCACCAUCACCAGUAUACUACAGUCACUACUACACCCCACAGUCACCAGUAUACUACAGUCACUACUACACCCCACAGUCACCAGUAUACUACAGUCACUACUACACCCCACAGUCACCAGUAUACUACAGUCACUACUACACCCCACAGUCACCAGUAUACUACAGUCACUACUACACCCCACAGUCACCAGUACACUACCGUCACUACUACACCCCAGUCACUACUACACCCCACAGUCACCAGUAUACUACAGUCACUACUACACCCCACAGUCACCAGUAUACUACAGUCACUACUACACCCCACAGUCACCAGUAUACUACAGUCACUACUACACCCCACAGUCACCAGUAUACUACAGUCACUACUACACCCCACAGUCACCAGUAUACUACAGUCACUACUACACCCCACAGUCACCAGUACACUACCGUCACUACUACACCCCAGUCACUACUACACCCCACAGUCACCAGUAUACUACAGUCACUACCACACCCCACAGUCACCAGUAUACCCCAGUCACUACCACACCCCACAGUCACCAGUAUACCCCAGUCACCAGUAUACUACAGUCACUACUACACCCCACAGUCACCAGUAUACUCUGGUCGCUGUUUAGUUAUUAUUAGGUUGUUACCCUGUAGUAUGGAGUAUUCUGUCAUUAUUGGGGUGUAUAGUCGUUAUUGGGGGGUCCGGUCACUAUUGGGGUGUUAUCCUGUAGUACGGGGUGUUCGGGUUCGGUCU